AUGGCCUCUGAAAGCUUCGAGUUUCAGGCUGAAAUCUCCCAGCUCCUCUCCCUCAUUAUCAACACCGUCUACUCCAACAAAGAGAUCUUCCUCCGAGAACUGAUCUCCAAUGCCUCGGAUGCUCUUGACAAGAUCCGAUAUGAGGCCCUCUCAGAUCCCAGCAAGCUGGACUCUGGCAAGGACCUCAGAAUCGACAUCAUCCCAGACAAGGAGUCCAAGACCCUCACCAUCCGUGAUACUGGUAUUGGUAUGACCAAAGCUGAUCUCGUCAACAACCUCGGAACCAUUGCCAGGUCAGGUACUAAGCAGUUCAUGGAAGCCUUGACUGCGGGUGCCGAUAUCUCCAUGAUUGGUCAAUUCGGUGUCGGUUUCUACUCAGCGUACCUGGUCGCCGACAAGGUGACUGUCGUUUCAAAACACAAUGACGACGAACAAUACAUCUGGGAGUCUAGCGCAGGUGGUACCUUCACCAUCACCCACGAUGAGAGCGGCGAGCCUCUUGGUCGUGGCACCAAGAUCAUUCUCCACCUCAAGGACGAGCAAACCGACUACCUGAACGAGUCCAAGAUUAAGGAAGUUGUGAAGAAGCACUCUGAAUUCAUCUCCUACCCCAUCUACCUCCACGUCCUCAAGGAGACCGAGAAAGAGGUUCCCGAUGAGGAUGCUGAAGAGGUUGAGGAGGAUGAGGAGAAGAAGGCCAAGAUUGAAGAAGUCGAUGACGACGAGGAGGACAAAGAGAAGAAGCCCAAGACCAAGAAGGUCAAGGAGUCCAAGAUUGAAGAAGAGGAGCUCAACAAGACCAAGCCCAUCUGGACUCGCAACCCCUCCGACAUCACCCAAGAAGAGUAUGCUUCCUUCUACAAGUCUCUCUCCAACGAUUGGGAAGACCAUUUGGCGGUGAAGCACUUCUCCGUCGAGGGUCAGCUCGAGUUCCGCGCAAUCCUCUUCGUCCCCAAGCGUGCUCCAUUCGAUCUCUUCGAGACCAAGAAGACCAAGAACAACAUCAAGCUCUAUGUUCGCCGCGUCUUCAUCACCGACGAUGCCACAGACUUGAUUCCAGAAUGGCUCGGCUUUAUCAAGGGUGUCGUCGACUCGGAGGAUUUGCCGCUUAACCUGUCCCGUGAGACCCUGCAACAGAACAAGAUCAUGAAGGUCAUCAAGAAGAACAUCGUCAAGAAGUGCCUCGAGCUCUUCAACGAGAUCGCCGAAGACCGUGAGCAGUUCGACAAGUUCUACUCUGCCUUCAGCAAGAACAUCAAGCUCGGCAUCCACGAGGACUCGCAGAACCGCCAGUCCCUUGCCAAGCUCCUCCGAUUCCAGUCCACCAAGUCUGGCGAAGAGGCCACUUCGCUCACUGACUAUGUCACCCGCAUGCAAGAGCACCAGAAGCAAAUCUACUACAUCACUGGUGAAUCCAUCAAGGCCGUGCAGAAAUCACCCUUCCUUGACUCUCUCAAGGAGAAGAAUUUCGAGGUCUUGUUCUUGGUUGACCCGAUUGACGAAUAUGCCAUGACACAACUUAAAGAGUUCGAUGGCAAGAAGCUCGUCGACAUCACCAAGGACUUCGAGAUGGAAGAGACCGAGGAGGAGAAGAAGGAGCGCGAAAAGGAGGAGAAGGAGUUUGAGGGUCUGGCUAAGAGCCUGAAGAACAUCCUCGGCGAUAAGGUUGAGAAGGUUGUUGUCUCUCACAAACUCGUCGGCUCUCCUUGCGCUAUCCGAACCGGCCAAUUCGGUUGGUCUGCCAACAUGGAGCGUAUCAUGAAGGCACAGGCACUGCGUGAUACUUCCAUGUCCUCUUACAUGUCCUCAAAGAAGACAUUCGAGAUUUCGCCCAAGUCACCCAUCAUUCGUGAGCUCAAGAAGAAGGUCGAGACUGAUGGCGAGAACGACCGCACCGUCAAGUCUAUCACCCAGCUUCUCUUUGAGACCUCUCUGCUCGUCUCCGGUUUCACCAUUGAAGAGCCAGCCAGCUUCGCCGAGCGCAUUCACAAGCUUGUGUCGCUUGGUCUGAAUGUGGAUGAAGAAGCAGAGACUGCCGAGGAGAAGGCCGCUGAAGAGGCCCCUGCUGCUGAGGGAGCUGGCGAAAGCGCCAUGGAAGAGGUCGACUAG